AUGACGGCCAGUAACGUUCCUGUGUUCAAGUUCCAAUAUGAACCAGCAGAGGAGGAAGAAGACGAAGAGCUGAGAGAGAAGAAGAAGAAGGAGAAGAAGAAGAAGAAGAAGGAGAAGAAGGAGAAGAAGAAGGAGAAGAAGAAGAAGAAGAAGAAGGAGAAGAAGAAGAAGAAGAAGAAGAAGGAGAGCAAGACGAGCAUGAUGGGGGGAGAGAGGGCUGACCUAGUCUUGUCAUGCUUGGGGAUAGAGUCUCUUGGAGCACCAUUUCAGCCCUCGCCCCGUCUCCGUUCUCCGCCUCCGUUCUCCGCCAACGCCAAGCCGAAAUUUGUCGACGUCGGAACUCGGGGAAGAAGGCACGAACAACAAAGGCGCGCGAUCGCGGGAGAAGAAAGCUUGGAGGGUUUCCCUUUGGAUCCUGACAUCCAGCUUUCAGCCCUCGCCGGUCCAAUCCAGCUGAAACAUGGUGCGCAAAAAGAGCACCAGCACCAGCACCAGCACCAGCACCAGCACCAGCAUCCCCAGCGGCAACACUACCUCGCAUGCUUCCUCCUCAUCUGCCCAGGUUGGCGCCGCGACGGCGAAGAAGGCGGCAAACGAGCAACCCUCGACGACGUCGGCGCCGCUCAUCAUCUGUCGCAACAAUUGCCGCCCGAGGUGCUCGAGAGCCUGGCGCACAGCAACUAUCUCUCGCCACGCCCCCACCCGAUUGACCCCGCCGUCCUGUACGAUCUACUCAAGAUACGCAAGGCCGUCGAUGAGGCCACCAAUCUGGCUGUGCGCGCCACCUCUGGACUGACGGCCGCCGCCCUGAACAGCAGUCUGCAUGGCGGCAACCACCACCAUCACCACCUCUUGGGGCACGCGGCCGCCUUGGGCAUAGGCUAUGGUGGAGGCACCUCGAAGCUGAGCAGGGAGCGCAAGCAUCGCAUGCGAGAACUGGCCACCGCCAAGUUGAGCCAGGCCUACCACCUGGACGAAAUCGCCGCGAGCGUGGCCACGAUGCAGAGCGCAAGCACCCUCGAGGACGUGGCGCAAUUGGUCCUGCAGCGCGACCCCACGAACCCAGAUGCCAAAUACGUCCACUUCUUCCACGAGAAGAUUCCCAGCCGCAUGAUGGCCCAAUGCACCCCGCUCGACACCUUGAACGACAUCAUAGCCGAACGGCCGCACGACGGAAGUCCCCUGCGCACCCGCGCAUUGACGCGCAUCUUCAAGGAAGACUACAGCAAUGCCGCAAAAGACUUGAGCGACGCCCUGAGCACCGCUCGCUAUCUUAUGGCACAGCAUCGGGCGGGCAAGGAUCAAUUGGUGCUUGCAAAGACUUACCAGGACCAACAUGGCCGCGACUGGAGACACGAAGCCAAGAUAGCAGAAGAAGACCAGCCGAGUUCGCUCGAGACACAGCUCUUGUUCCACCGAGCAGGAGUCUACUUUACCAUGGCCUACCAACACGUCCACGCAGCCCUCGACGGCCUUCGCGAAGCAGAAGAAGCAAAGGCAACAAGGGAAGCGCAAACGGAAGCCGGCCUCGAAGUCGCCCCCGAAACGCCAGAGGAGAGGGAAGGCAACAGAGUCCGUGCCGAAGCCCGCAAGCAAGUCCGCCAGAACGCGAAACGGGCCAUUCGAGACUACACCGCUUUCCUCUCCCAUUUCGACUACACACCUGGUAUCUCGGCCGACGUUGCAGACGACUUCCUUUGUCGACUAGGAACCAACGGCCAUGAUCACACUUCCCGCUCUGCUUCGGACAAGAUGAAACCAAACCUGAAUCGCCUCCUCGAAUCCUCCGACACCUCCGCUUCGUCUUCCUCCGACGCCCUAGUCCCCCAUCGACGUCAACAAACCCAAACAUCAUCAGAUCGCUCCUCAUGGCCCAAACUGCCUCCACCAGAAAUCCACACUGUCUCCUCGCUCUUCUCCCCAUUGCCUCCUGCUUCUCUGCCACCGUACCCGCCACCCCCAACCUCGUCAACAACCUCGGCCUCUGCCGCAGCAGCAGCGGCCUUUGCUGAAUCCCACGAAAGCAUAACUUACCAUCCCCUCCUCACCGACGCCUUACACUCGCUCCUCCUCUGCCACGCCCUCGUCCAAACACCCCCAAAAGAACACAUGCGCCACGCACACAACGCCGCCCGUUUAGCCCGCAUCUGUGAUGGCUACCCCAUCUUCCUCGCCGCCCGCUCCCCCGCACGUGCAGACUGGAUCGAAGUCCUCCGCCGAGCAGGCAACUGGAUCGGCCUCGGCACCUCGUGGGAGACGCUUUGCCGUCCCGCCCCUUUACCUGGGCAGCAUGCCAAAUCGCACCCUGCAAACACUGACCUCACAAGAAACAGGAACGGAACUGGUAGCACCACCGCCUCUUCAACAUCCCCCUCCUCCUCCACCUCCACAGCGAAUACAUCCGUUCCCGAAACCGAGACCCAGAAGCGCGACCGCCAGAAGCACGAAGCCAUUUUGGAUGCAUUGGCGGAUGAGCGCGUCGUAGACGAGGAGUCCUUCCAACGCGCUGUCCGGGCCCGUGAACGCAGAUUUAGAGAGGAUGAAGAUGCAGCUAGGUUGGCGAGUCUGCAUUUGAAUUCGAAUUCCCAUGCAAACUCUCAUACACAUCCUCCUUCUCCUGUUCCACCAUCAACAUCAGCCCCACCCCCCUCACCCUCUGCUCCAACACAAAGCCAAGCCCACACCCAAUCGCAAACACAAACGCAUACCCAAACUCCAACUCCCACCCAACCGCAACCACAACCACAACCCAAGCGCUGGGCCCAAGACGACGCUCGCGAAUACCCAAUUUCGACGGAUCGCGCAGAGGCUAUUGCGCGCUGGGUUCGCGAGGCGCCGCCCGUGGUGGAGGGCGGUGGGGGGAAGAAGAGGAGGGGCAAGGGGAGGGCGAGGAGGAAGGAGGGCGAGGGAGGGGAGGAGGGUGGUGGGGGUGGGGGGGAGUGA